AUGGGGCCGCCCACCUGCCCAAGUUGGGAUUGGGAGGAUGGGGGCCCACUGGAUGAUAGGGGCAUUAGCUGCUUCUGGAAUGUUGAGCAAAGUGGUCUUGGCAAGGUGAGAAAGGCCCCUAGCUGGUCCAGGCUGACCCUGAGGGGUUCUGCUCGCCUUUUUCUUCACCAGGAGGAGGAACACGUGGGGCUCAUCCUGGACAUGCCCACCUCUGCGGAGCCUCGCUCCAGCGAGACGGACAAGGAGGUGUUGUCCCCAGUUAUGGCCACCGCGGCCGCCUCCUCCAUGGCGGAGGAGCCAGGCCCUGACCGGUCAGCCACACCCCCAGUGUGGGGACUUGGGGGGGCUGGGGGGCCCCAGCAGGGUGGCCCUUCAGCCUCAGAUAGCAGCCAGCCCAUCCCUGGACCCAGCCCUGGCAGCGUCUCCGGGACCAGUGAGGACCUGCGGCCUCCCAGACGACGCCUGCUACCAGGGAAGCAGGUCCCCUGCUCCAGUCCCGGCUGCUUCCUCAGUUUCCCCAGCGUGCGGGACUUAGCACAGCAUCUUCGUACCCACUGCCCACCUACACAGUCCUUGGAAGGCAAGCUCUUCCGCUGCUCGGCGCUGAGCUGCACGGAGACCUUCCCCAGCAUGCAGGAGCUGAUGGUGCACAGCAAGCUGCACUACAAGCCCAACCGCUAUUUCAAGUGUGAGAACUGCCUCCUACGCUUCCGCACUCACCGCUCGCUCUUCAAGCAUCUGCAUGUUUGCGCCGAGCAUGCGCAGAGCCCAGCCCCGCCACCGCCCCCUGCCCUCGACAAGGAGCCGCCGGCGCCCGAGCGCCCCCCGGAGGCCGACUCUGCGUCGGCACCGGGCCUGCAGUUCCCCUUACUCGAACCCUUCACAACCCCCGCCCCGACCCCCACUGGGCCCUUCCUGCCCUACUUGAACCCCACGCCCUUUGGCUUGAGCCCCCCACGCCUGCGGCCCUUCCUGGCCGCCGCACCCGGCCCGCCCGCCUCCAGCCCCGCGGUCUGGAAGAAGAGCCAAGGUGCAGGCGGCAGCCCCCGGAGACCGCAGGGCGGCGCCGAUGCGCCCUCAGGUGCGUGCAGGUGA